AAACCUUAGUAGACCAGUUAGCUCCCACCUCAAACUCCUUCCUUGACAAAGAAGAUGAACGUGAGAAAUAAAAUCCUUCAGAUAUCAGGAAGGUACUACCUGCCUAAAGAGACUGAAGAGAUUAUCACCAAGAACAUCAAGCUACUCAAGCACAAAGACGAGGAUGUGCCUAAAGACGAGAAACAAUGGAAAGCCAAUAUGAAGAGAGUCGUUGAACUCAGCAUGGGUAUCCAGAGAGAACUAGAAGAGGUCAAGCAAGAUACAGACUUUACUGACUGGAGAAAUUACAAUUUUAAAAAUAGAAUCAAGACUAGACCUAAGGAACUUAAUAAGAAGUACUAUAUAGAACAUGUACAAGGAAAGAAAGACACAGGGUUGCUUGCAAAACCUUUGGAAGAUCCUAAUUUGACCUUUCAUGAGCCAGAUAAGGGUCCUGGGAAGCCUGCAGAAUUUAGAACAAUGCAAUCCCCAAGUAAGGGGAGGAGAUAUAAGAUUAGAUCUCAAGAUUACUUGAAUUUCGCUAACUUUCAAUAA